AUGAAUCGAGGCCAACCACCACAACGCCCGCCGUCGCUCGCGCCGCCCACCGGUCUCGGACAACAACUUCCCACCCAAGGGCUCGGGCCGACGGGAACGUACCGCGCGGCGUACCCGCAAUACAACAACCACACGCUCCCGCCGCCGCGGACGACGCUCAUGCCCGGCUUCCCCGCGCUCCAGGCGGCGCAGGCGCAGAGCCAGACCCGGCAGCAGAACGCGGGGGGUCUUUCGCCGUUCGGAGGGCAGGGGCAGCAGCGCGGGUCGAGCGCGUUUGCGUACAGCGGGAUCGGCCAGCAGACGACGACGGGGAGCAGCGGGCUCGGGGGGCAGCCGAUGCCGCCCGCGCCGUCGAACGUGUCCGGCCAGCAACAGCAGCAGCAGCAGCAGCAACAACAACAUCCGGCGGCGACGCCGUCGCUGUCGUCCGCGAGCGAAGUGGGGCUAGAUCCGAACGACUUUCCCUCGCUCGGCGCGGGGUCGAACGGCAAUAACGGCGGGAAUAACGGCGGCGGCGGCGCUGCGCCCGUGGCGAGCUAUGCGAGCCAGGCGCAACAGCAGGCGCAGCAACAGGCGUCGCAGAUGGGCGGAGGGGCGCAGAGGGAUUUUACGCCGGACGACUUCCCGGCGUUGGGUGGGCAGCAGCAACAACAGCAGCAGCAGCAGCAGCAGCAAGCGCCUAGUCAAGAUGGGCCACCGCCGGGACUGGGCGGAUACGGUGGUGCUGGGGCGAACGGGGACGGGCAGGCGACGGUGCCGCAACCGAGGCAGCAGACGCCUGGGUUGCUGAACCUCGGGCAGGCACAGGUGCGGAGUGCGAGCGCGCAGGCGCAGGAACGGCAUCAACAGCAACAGAGUUAUACCCUCAAGCAGCAGGCGUGGCCGUCGCCGAGCGUGUCGAACGCCCCGCCCUCCUCGUUUGCACAGCAGCAGCAACCACAAGGUCAACAACCUCCGAACGGCGCGAACGCCACCGCCACGCAACAACAACAACAACCGCAACCGCCUAGCGCGCCGCCGGGCGUGCUCCCCCCGCACCUCCAGCAAGCCCAGCAGCAGGCGGCGGGCUACAACAACGGGAACGGGAACUCGCUCGCGACGGACUCGGCCGGGCCGUCGGCGGCGGCGCUCCCGCAGACGCCCGCGCAGCAGGUGCUCGUGUCCGCCGCGGACCGCUGGGGCCUGCUCGGCCUGAUCGCGCUGAUCAAGAGCGACAAUCUGAACGCGCAGCUGUUGAGCGUCGGGACGGACCUGGCGACGAUGGGGCUCGAUAUGCAGCAUCAAGGCGCGCUCUAUUCGACGUUCAUCACGCCCUGGGCGGACUCGUCCGCGGCGCGAGGGAUCGAGCCCGAUUUUUCGGUGCCGGCGUGCUACGCGAGCGUGAACACGCCGCCGCCGGGGCCGGCGAAGGCGCAGGCGUUCAGCGACGAGACGCUGCUGUACGUGUUCUACGCGUGUCCGCGGGACGCGGUGCAGGAGGUCGCGGCGCAGGAGCUGUGGAACCGGCAGUGGCGGUGGCAUAAGGAGCUGAGGGUGUGGAUCACGAAGGAGGGCGUGGCGCAGGGGGAGGGGAUGGCGAGGAAGUUUCCUGGCGGCGAGCAGGGAGUGUACUUCUACUGGGACCCGGAUACUUGGCAGAAGGAGCGCAAGGAGAUGUUGGUGCGGUACGACGACCUGGAGGAGAAGACGACGCCGGCGUUCGUGCCGAACAGCGUCGUGCUGCAGCCGAUGGCGCAGGCGCAGCAAGCGCAACAGGGGCAGCAGGGGCAGGGGCAGCAGCCAUCCGGACACGGCGCGAUGGGACAGAUGCCGGUCGGGAUGAGGCUCGGCGGGGUGGGCCAGGGCCGGUUCGCGCAGGUGGGCGUGGCGGCGAUGUGAGCCGCGGGUGUCAAGAGACCCGGAUUUCUGGCGAAAGUAUACGCCUUUGUCGAUUCGAGUUUCGACGAACCCCCCCCCUGAGAUAUCCCGUUUCCGACUCUGUACGUUUACUGCAAAACUGUAAUGCGCUACUACUACAUAUUACCAUCCGGUUUUACG